UACAAAAGUAGUCUGCCUCAGCACCGCCGGCGGCGCUCCGCUACGCGCGAGUCUGAGUUUCUGGUAUAGACGCGACCCUUGAGAGGGUUUCAAAAGACCCGGGAUGUUCUGCUCGGCAAGACUGCUUCGCUACUCUCACUCCUACUCCCGCGCCCUCCCUGGCCCAUUUUCUCAUAAGUCUACUCCGCGAGCUCAAGAAUCGGUGCGAAUAAAUAACUAUAGGGGUACCGCGAGGAAUGAGCCACUCGGACCUCGCAGGGGAGACGCUGCCUAUCGGUCGGUGGCGCGCGCUGACCAUCCUUCGGAGGCGCCCCCUGCACACACCUCAGAGGGGCAUGUCACACAUCCCUCAGAGGAGCGCGCUGCUCAUCCCUCGGCGUUGGGCCAGCCGCUUAAUUGCAGGUUCGAGCAUGCUGACUGCAGGUGCGAAUGCUUUCGAGCCUUCCCCUCCCGCGUCCGUUCGAUCUAGCCUCCUCGUCCCCGUCCGCUCAAACAUCUUCACUUCUGUUGGCUCUCAUGCUCUCGUCCUCUUCCGCUGGAGCGUCUGCAUGUCCUACGGUUUCGGCGACGCCGCUAGCUGAGCUCUUGUGCUCGACGCCAGCUGCACUGCGAUUGUCGACGCCGCGGAACUUGACGCGGCACUCGGACUCGACGCCGGGGGACCCGACACCAUCGACGGGUCUCUCGAGUUUGUCGACAGGCCUCUCGGGGUCG